AGAUAAGGCCAAAAACCUCUGGUACCUUGAUAUGGGCUAACAUAUCUUAUCAUACAUAAAUAUCUGUAUACAUUAAUGAGAAAAUCACACAUCACUGGCAAUUUCCACAAUGCUAAACAAGCAACUAUUUCCUUUGCUUCUCGUCUGCAUUGUAGUGGCCACGGCCACCACCACAGCAGCAUCUACAACUGUUGAGGAUGCAACGGUCACGUGCAACACGGUGUAUAGUAGCCUCGAACCAUGUCUUCCCUACGUGCUAAGUGGUGGAUCAAGCGUGCCGUUGGAGUGCUGCAAUGGGCUUAAAUCUCUCCUCAACACGGCGCGUAUCAAAGCUGAUCGCCAGAGCGUUUGCAAAUGUAUAAAGAGCGUUGCUUCAAGCGCUAACGGAGUUCAAAUCGGUCGUGCUGCUCAACUCCCUGGAAUAUGUAAGGUCAAUGUUCCUUACCAGAUUAGUCCAAAUGUUGAUUGCUCAAAGAUUACAUAAUUAAGGGACAUUUUCAGUGAAAUUAUGAUAUGAAUUUCAGCCGAUCUAUUUACCUGUUAGAGUGGGAUCACUCAUGUCCCUAUUGAUGUCCUAAUUAAAUAAACUCGAACAAUAUCACUUUUUGUAAGCUUUGUUAUUUUAGCAAUGAGGUAUGAAUCGUUAAUCUUUUUA